AUGUGCAGGGUUGGUCCAUCGGAUGAAGGAAGAUGUAUUAAAGUGAAAUUUAGAACGCAGGAGCCCGAUGGUUUGAUUUUUUUCUCUGCAUCACCUGGCAAUCAGGAGGAAUACAUUGCAUUGCAGCUGAGGAGUGGACGUCCUUACUUUCUUUUUGAUCCACAGGGAUCUGCGGUAGCAGUCACUCCAACUAAUGAUGGUGGAAAAAUGUACAAUGAUAACAACUGGCACCAAAUAAUUGCUACAAGAAUUCAAGCACUGGGAAACAUCACAGUGGAUGGGCAGUACACAGGUUCUUCCUUAGCAACUAGUGGCAGUACCAUUAUUGGAGAGAACACAGGAGUUUUUGUUGGAGGACUUCCACAGGGUUAUACUAUUGAGAGAAAGGAUGUAGGGAUGAAGAGGAUAGUACAGAAAGGAUUUGUGGGAUGUCUUAGUGAUGUAUUUUUGAAAAAAGUGCAUACUCCUUAUGAAAACUGGGAAUCUUUGAACUGGGAGUAUGCUGAAGAGCAGAACAAUGUCUAUCAUGUUUGGGAAGGAUGCCCCGUUGUCCUCUCAGAAGGAGCACAUUUUCUUGGCAGAGGGUUCCUGGAAUUGCAUUCAGGUGUUUUCAGUGGUGGAAUGGAAUUUGAGAUCUCAUUCAAAUUCAGAACAGAUCAACUGAAUGGAUUGCUUCUGUUUGUUUACAAUAAAGAUGGCCCAGAUUAUCUUGCAAUUGAACUGAAAAGUGGAAUAUUAAACAUCUUUUUAAAAACUGGCAUUGUCUUCACACAAGUGGAUCUCUGGUUGGGACUGUCUUAUUGUGAUGGAAAGUGGAAUGAAGUCAUUGUGAACAAGGAGGGCUCUGUGAUUUCAACAAGUAUGAAUGAAUUGAGAGAGCAGGCGCUUGAACCCCGUGUUCAGCAGCUGAAAGUAAACUCACCUGUCUACAUAGGGGGAAUCCCACCUGAGAUUCAGAAUUUUUAUAAAGAGCUGGGGUUAGAACAAGGUUUCGGUGGUUGCAUGAAGGAUGUUAAAUUUACACGAGGUGCUGUCGUUAACUUGGCAUCUGUGUCCAGCAGUGCUGUCAGAGUCAAUCUGGACGGAUGCCUAUCAACUGACAGUGCUGUUAACUGCAGGGGAAAUGACUCCAUCCUAGUGUACCGAGGAAAAGAGCAGAGUGUUUAUGAGCGUGGUCUACAACCAUUUACAGAAUACCUCUAUAGGGUGGUUGCCUCAAAUGAAGGAGGAUCAGUAUCUAGUGUAUGGACCCACGUUCGUACAAGAGAAUCAGUUCCACAAAAUGUGCCAAGUCCCUCAAGAGUUCACAGUAUAAAUGGUUACAGCAUUGAGGUCACCUGGGACAAACCAGCUGGGGUCAUAGGUGUAAUUGAGAAGUACAUUUUGAAAGCAUAUGAAGCGGAUGGUCCCAAUGUACCCAUCACUAGUGCUGAGCUUGCUGACGCUGGUAUGCUCACAGCAUCCCAUCUUGGAAAGCCCGAUGGAUUCUUAUCAGAUCAACAAUUAUUGGGUAUAGACAAGACAUGCCAGUCAGGGAACACGAUAAUUGAGAAGCUGGGAUGGAAAGAACCAGUAGAAGUAAAUGGAAUCCUAGAUCGCUAUAUAAUUUAUAUUGCCAACAAUGAGCAGAAUUUUACAAAGUGGAAUGUAAUCUAUAACAGCACAGAACCUUUUCUGGAUUUUACUAUUCCGCAGCUUUCCCCGGGUACUGAAUACCUCAUAAAACUAGCUGCUUGCACGGGAGGUGGAUGUUCCAUAAGCGAAGCUAGCACAGCUAUAACAGAUGAGAGUACACCAGAAGGUGUUCCUGCUCCAAAAGCCCAGUCAUAUUCAUCUGACUCCUUUAACAUCUCAUGGACUAAGCCUGAGUAUCCGAAUGGUAUUAUUACUAGCUAUGGAUUGUAUAUGGAUGGUGUUCUGCUGCAAAAUUCAUCACAGCUAAGUUGUUAUGCUUAUGGACUUGCUCCUUGGAGCCUGCAUUCCUUCAGAGUCCAGGCAUGUACUGCAAAAGGUUGUGCAUUGGGUCCAUUGGUAGAAGCUCGGACUAUGGAAGCUUCCCCUGAGGGAAUGGUUGAUGUGUUUACUACUGUUGACGGGUCCAAAGAAGUUCAAUUAAAAUGGCUUGCCCCAAAUAAACCUAAUGGAAAACUGACCUACACAGUCCUUGUCACUGGUCUCUUCUAUGCUGAUCAAGAUAAUGCUAAUUAUUCUAUGGUAAAUGAUACUCGGAUGUUCUGCAGCAGCAAGAAAUUCAACGUAUGGGUACCCAUUAAAGGCCUGAUUCCAUUUUCUAACUACACAGUACAAGUGAAUGCAUCCAACAGCCAGGGCAGCUUGAUAAGUGAUGCUAUAACAAUUGUCAUGCCUCCAGGAGCUCCAGAUGGCGUGAUGCCUCCAAGGCUUUCAUCUGCCACUCCGACCAGUCUUCAGGUUGUCUGGUCUACACCAGUUCGCAACAACGCCCCAGGCACGCCCAGCUACCAACUCCAGAUGCGGCGGAGGAAUUCUGCUGGUGACAUUUUAGAUUUGCUUCCCAGCCCUACUGCUUCUUUACAACACAGGGUUGAAGACCUUCAGCCAUACACUGAGUAUGAGAUGAGAGUGGUUGCCUCCAAUGGUUAUGGCAAUGCUUAUAGCAACUGGACUUCAAUGACUACAGCAGAGGACAAACCUGGACCUUUAGAUCCACCACUUCUGCUGAAUGUUACAGCAAGGGCAGCAAGCAUCAUCUGGCAGCAUCCUUUAAAGCCGAAUGGCUUUAUCACUCAUUAUAAUAUUUACCAAAAUGGCAAACUGCAUGCUACAGUGCUAGGAACUAGCUCUAACUGCACUGUAGAAGACUUGCAUCCUUACACUGUCUAUGUGUUUCAGGUAGAAGGAUGCACUUCUAAAGGAUGCUCUCUUUCACCUGCAACCUCAGAAAUACAGACUCUUCCAGAUGCACCUGAGGAUAUUCCUGCUCCAGAGCUCUAUUCUGAUACUCCAACUUCUGUGGUCAUAUCCUGGCAACCACCUGCUCGCUCAAAUGGUGUGGUGGAAAAUGUUACAAUAGAAAGGAGGGUGAAAGGAACAGAACAAAUAUCAACUGUGGUGUCUCUCCCUUUCAGUCAGUCCACAAGCUACAUUGACCAGAGCAGUGCUCUGAGCCCUUGGCAGAAAUUCGAAUACAGAGUGCUGAUGAGCACUCUUGACGGAGGCACAAACAGCAGCGACUGGUCAGAAGUUACCACUAGACCAUCAAGACCUGCUGGUGUUCAGCCACCCGAUGCAGAAGCAUUGGGACCGUAUUCAGUUCAGGUCUCAUGGAAACCUCCUCUGAUACAAAAUGGAGAAAUCCUUAAUUAUGAGAUUCGCAUGCCUGAUCCACGAAUUGUCAUUGCUGGGAACCCUUCCUCAAGGUUAAGUCAUUUGGUGACUAAUCUUAUACCCUAUACAAACUACUCUGUCACUAUAAUAGCUUGUACUGGAGGUGAUGGCUUUCUAGGAGGCUGCACGGAGAGUUUGCCUACGAGAGUGACGACACCUUCAACCAUUCCUCAGAGUGUUAGUCCAUUAUCUGUGACUCCAAUCAGUGAGUCCUUUAUAGCCAUUUCUUGGCAACCACCACUAAGGCCAAAUGGUCCUUAUCUGAGAUAUGAGCUCCUGAGACGUAAAAUCCAGCAACCACUUGCAUCAAAUCCCCCUGAAGAUUUAAAUCUGUGGCACAAUAUUUACUCAGGAACUCAGUGGUUUUAUGAAGAUAAGGGUCUUAGCAGGUACACAACAUAUGAGUACAAGCUCAUAGUGCACAACGAGGUAGGAUAUACACCAAGUGAAGAAGUGGUAGCUACUACAUUAGCAGGAUUACCAGAGAAAGGAAGUGUCCUCGUUGCACGUGCUGUUAAUCAUACUGCUGUAGAAGUCGAAUGGUCAAAACCAACACUACAGGAUUUGCAAGGAGAUGUCGUGUAUUAUACCCUCUUCUUGAAUUCUACUGAUGAGAGAAGAUCUCUAAGGAUCCAGGCUGAUGUAAACUCUGUAGUCAUAGGUGAUUUGCAGCCCAACACAGAGUAUCAGAUAUUUUCUCAAGUUUUUAAUGGAGUCCACAGCAUCAACAGUGAAGUUGUGCAUGUGACUACCUCAGAUGGAGAGCCUGAGGGCAUGUUCCCUCCAGAGGUUGUCAUCAUCAACAGUACAGCUGUACGUGUCAUCUGGACAUCGCCUUCAAACCCGAAUGGUGUUGUCACAGGGUACUCUGUCUAUGUAAAUAAUAAGCAGUACAAGACUGGAAUGAACGAGCCAGGAUCCUUUCUUUUAGCAGAUUUGUCUCCAUUCACCGUGUAUGAUAUACAGAUUGAAGCCUGCACGGUGUAUGCCUGUGUGAGAAGCAAUGGGACCCAGAUUACAACUGUGGAAGAUGAGCCAAAGCAACUGUCAGCACCCAUUAUUCACGUAAUUGGCCCAAGGUCUCUUCAAAUCAACUGGGCAUCACCAGGACAGCCAAAUGGCAUUAUCCUGGGGUAUGAACUUUUACGUAAAGCGUGGCAGAAGUGUACCCCAUCAAAGACUCCAAGGAGCAGCAAAAGUAAUAUAAUGUGUGUCUCAUUAGAAUGUAAAAAGCAUGAAAAUAUCUGUGGAGAAGUGUGUUAUCAUCCAGAGUCGAAGGUGUGUUGUAAUGGGAUUCUGCAUGACAAUAAACCUGGCUUCCAAUGCUGCGAGGACAAGUACAUUCCAUUUAUUCCUAAUUCACCAGGGGUUUGCUGUGGUGGUCAGAUACAUGCUGUGCAACCGAAACAUCAGUGCUGUGGUGGUUAUUACACUAGAGUUUUAGUAGGAGAAGUAUGCUGCCCUAACGAAGAGGAAAACAGAGUUUCAGUUGGAAUUGGUGACUCUUGUUGCCAGGGAAUGCCUUACUCCACAUCAGGCAAUCAAAUCUGCUGUGGUGGAUCCCUUCACGACAGUUUCAAUCAGCAGUGCUGUGGUGGAAGAGUCAUAAGCAUGGACUCAGUCUGUUGUGGUGAUGAAAAAGAAGGGACUGCAUACAGACCUGUCACAGGGAUGUUCUGUUGUGGGCAGGAAUACGUGAAUAAGUCAGAUACCAUAUGCUGCUCAGGUUCCAGUGGUGAGUCCCUAGCACAUGUUAGAAAGAAUGACCAAGUGCCAGUAAAAUGCUGUGAGACUGAACUUAUUCCAAAGAGCGAAGAAUGCUGUAAUGGAGUUGGAUAUAAUCCUUUGAAAUAUGUUUGCUCUGACAAGAUUUCAGCUGGAAUGAUGAUGAAGGUAAAAGAAGAAUGCAAGGCUAAUAUCCUUUGCCCUUUAUCUAUGGAGGCAACAGCACAUUGUGGAAAGUGUGACUUUGAUCCUAGGAAGAAUAUCUGUGCAUGGAUAAAAGGUUCACAGAGUGCUAAAGAAACAGAGAUAGAAGCAGGUGUGUGUCCAGCUGAAGAGGAGACUGUCUACAUAGGAAGUCCAACACAGUAUUCAUUUACAGAUGUGGACCUCGAACCUUUUGUCACAUACGAGUACAGAGUGGCUUCUUGGAAUAGCUAUGGAAGAGGUGUCAGUGAAAUUAGCAGAGCUGUCACUAAACAAGAUGUGCCACAGGGUGUAAGUCCACCAAAAUGGGCCAAAGUAGAUAAUCGGGAAGACAUGAUACUUCUAAACUGGGAGGAACCACUUCAACCAAAUGGUCUCAUUAUUCAUUAUAUCAUUCUCCGAAAUGGAAUUGAGUAUUUUAGAGGAACAGAAAUGAGCUUCACAGACACAAGUGGUAUCCAGCCAUACCAAGAAUAUUCAUACCAGCUGCGAGCCUGCACUGUUGCUGGUUGCACAGACAGCAGCAAGGUAGUUGCAGUCACUGUCCAAGGAGUCCCAGAGAGUGUUCAGCCACCAGACGUCAGUGCUCUGAACUCAACAGCAUUACAUUUAAGCUGGAUUGCACCCAAGAAACCAAACGGUAUCAUCAGAGAGUACCAGAUCAGUCAAGUAGGGAAAGGACUUAUAUACACUGAUGCUGCAGGCAGAAUGCAGCACACAGUAUCAGGUCUGCAGCCAUACACUAAUUACAGCUUCAUGCUUACUGCAUGCACAUCUGCUGGGUGUGCUUCUAGCCAGCCACUUUCAGGUCAAACUUUACAAGCUGCUCCUCAUGGAGUAUGGCCAAAACCUCAUCAUAUCACAGUCAGCUCAACAGAAGUGGAAAUGUACUGGAGUGAACCAGAGAAACCCAAUGGACUCAUUACUCAUUAUCGAUUAUUUCGUGAUGGAGAGCAGAUUUUCCUGGGUGGCAGUACAGACCUGAAUUUCACAGAUGUUAACCUGCAGCCCAAUAGUAGAUAUGUUUACCAGCUGGAAGCCAGCACUUGGGGCGGCAGCAACACCAGUGAUAAAUACAUUAUACAAACACCAGUAGGAACACCAGAGAAAAUUCAUGUCCCAUAUAAUGUCACAGUAAUUGAUGCAUAUUCUAUAUUUCUAGCUUGGGAUGUGCCAGGGAUAUUCAUUGUCAAUGUGCCUUUGGAAUACAACAUCUUGCUAAAUGCGAGCAGUCCUGCUCUACUGGUGAAGCCAGUAGGACGUGCACAUUUUGCCUUUGUUGAUGGCCUAAAUCCCUACACUCUAUAUGAGAUAAGAAUACAAGCAUGCCAGAAUGGUGGCUGUGGAGUGGGUGGUCAAAUAUAUUCAAGAACUGCUGAAGCACCUCCUAGAGAAUUGAGCCCACCUAUUGUUAAAGCAAUCGGAUCUGCACUCAUAGAACUGAAAUGGACACCACCUAAGAAACCAAAUGGCAUCAUUACUAACUACUUUAUUUACAGACGUCCUGUGGGCAGUCAAGAAGAGCUGCUUUUGUUCAUCUGGACUGAAGGAGCCUUGGAGUUUAUUGAUGCAUCCGAUGCCCUACAGCCUUUUACUCUCUAUGAAUAUCGUGCCAGAGCUCAAAAUUCUGUGGGGUCAGUGGACAGCUUGUGGGCUUCAACCCAAACUCUGGAGGCUCCCAUGGGGCAUGGGAGCCCCUUGGGCACAAGCACAAGUGCAUACUCAGUGAGGUUGAACUGGACCCAGCCUGUCUCUCCCAAUGGUGUUAUAUCCCUGUAUCGAGUGGUCUAUCAGGAAAAACGCAGCGACCCGACAUUUAGCACCCCAGCUGUUACAGCACUAACCGUAAUGGGAACAAAGCAUCAGCUCAUUUAGUUUGGAUUGAAACCUUUCACAACAUAUCAUAUUCAUGUCGUAGCUGUAAACAAUGCUGGGCAGGUUUCAAGCCCCUGGACAUCUGUGCGCACUUUGGAAGCUUCACCCAGUGGCCUGAGCAACUUCACUGUGGAAAAGAAGGAAAAUGGCAGGGCUCUGCUACUCAAAUGGUCAGAGCCCUCCCAGCCCAACGGUGUGAUUAAGAGCUACAAUAUUUUCAGUGAUGACAACCUGGAGUACAGUGGUUUAUCUCGGCAGUUCCUCUUCAGGCGCCGUGAGCCUACACUCUCUACAACCCUCAUACUGGAGGCUUGCAAUGCAGCAGGAUGCACUCGUUCUCCACCCCAGCCAGUCCAGACAGGUGAAGCACCCCCAGUGUCUCAGAUGGCACCUGUAAUCCAGGCAGUGAAUGCCACCAAUGUUGAACUGAGCUGGUUGCAGCCAAUUAAUCCAAAUGGAAAAAUAAUUCGCUAGAAGUUAUUCACCAGAUGCACAGGAAAUGCUGCAGGGUACAGAGCGACAACAGAAGACGAGAAAAUUGUUUUCACAGAAUAUAACACUGAAAGUAAUACAUUCGUAUAUAAUGAUACAGGUUUACAGCAUGGACAAGUGUAUGAAUAUAAAAUACGCACCUGGAAUGCAGCAGGCUACACUGACAGCUCCUGGACAGUGGCAAAGACUAGUCAAACUGCCCCAAAAGGUCUUGCCAUCCCCAGGUUAUCUGUGGUAUCAGCUACCCCCAUAAAGUGUGUCAUAUCGUGGGCCCCCCCGGCACAUCCCAAUGGCAUUCUUCAGUCGUACAGGCGGCUAAAGAAUGAUGUUCUCUACCCUUUCAGCUUUGAUGCUGCUACUCUCAGCUACAUGGAUUAAGACUUACUGCCCUACACAGUGUACAGCUAUGCAAUAGUUGCCUGUACAAUGGGAGGCUGCUCCACCGGUGAGCCAGCUGCCAUACGGACACUGGAAGCAGCUCCUGCCUUGGUGGACCCACCAUAUCUGCAGGCUGUCAGUGCCACUCAGAUCAAUGCAUCUUGGGCACCUCCUCAAAUACAAAAUGGAGAUAGUACCAAGUACAUAUUGAAAUUAACAAUGAAGAGUAUUAUCCUGGGCAAAAAUUUGCAAAUAUUGGUUUCUAAUCUACAGCCUUACACACAGUAUGAUUUGGCAUUGGUUGCCUGUACUGCUGGGGGCUGCACAGCAUACAUCCAGUCCAUGAUGACCAUGGAGGCUCCACCAUUAAAUAGCAGCCCCAGGCUGCGUUGUCAUGGCUCAGAGUCGAUGGAAAUCACAUGGAACUUCCAGAUAAGCCCAAUGGUAACAUCACAAUGCUAUGAGCUAAGAAGGGAUGGUGUACUUGUUUACCAGGGCCUGGAAACUCGUUUUGAUUUCACCCUAACGCCAGGCAUGGAGUACAGCUACACUGUCACUGCAAAUAACAGUCAAGGGAGCGUGACCAGCCCAUCAGCUCAGAUAAAAACCAACCCCUCUGCUCCGUCUGGGAUGGUGCCUCCUAGGUUGGCAGGCAUUGGUCCUCAAGAGAUUUGGUGGCCUGGGGACUCCUCCUAUCAAGUGAAUGGUGACAUAAUAAAUUACACAAUCUCCAUCCACAGCCUGCUGAACAGGAAAGAAAACUUUGACUUCGAUGCAUCUCAUGUUUCUUUGAGACGGUCAUACAUAGUGGCACAGCUACAGCCCACAGUAGGUAAUAUCUGGAAGAACUCAUUCGUUGAGAUAAUUCUGCAGGAAGGUUCAUGGGCUGGCUGA